UACCUGUACUGCUAAGCCAUUUUUUGUAAGAUGGGCAAUGGAAUCGGGGUUAUGAGUCCGUCCCAGACCCCUCUAUACCGGAAGAACAAUCUGAAAGAACCUCUAAAGACAGGAAAUUGGUUAUAUUCUACCAAUGGAAUAAAGAAACCUCUUCCAGAGUUUAUUGUGAAUAGUCACGUUCCUCUUGUAGCUGUGCGAGAAUACAAUCAAGAACGGCUUCGAUCUGCAGAACGAACCAAGGGUGAAUCUUUUGAUCUGACAAUCAUUAAUAGUGUUGAUGGAAGUGGAUCAAAAAUGCCUUUGGGAGAAGAAGAAGAAUUAAAAAGAAUAAUUUCAGAGCUUGGUUAUGGAAAACUUUUCAAGGAUCCUAACUUCCCACCUGUCAAAUCUUCUCUUUACUUCACUCGAAAACCAGUGGAAGAUAAAAUCAUAUGGAUGAGGCCUCACGAACUAAUAAACGACCCCCAAAUGCUUGUUGAUGGUGUCAGCAGGAAUGAUAUUGUUCAAGGAAUUUUAGGGGAUUGCUGGUUUUUGUCUUCGUGUGCUGCUUUAGCGCAACGACCAGAUUUAAUGAAAAAGAUUAUUCCUCCAAAUCAACCACUUUAUGGCCGAGGAUACAGAGGUCUUCUCUACUUUCGGUUUUGGAGGUUCGGUAAAUGGAUGACUGUCUACAUAGAUGACCUUCUUCCCACCAUUGAUGGCCACCUGCUCUACUCUCGCUGUACGGAUAGCCGAGAAUUUUGGGUAGCCCUACUAGAAAAGGCUUACGCAAAGCUACAUGGCUCUUACGAGGCUCUGGAAGGAGGACAAGCCAUGGAUGCUCUUGUGGAUUUGACUAGUGGGCUAGCUGAACGAUACGAUCUGGCAGAUGCACCUCCUGACCUCUACCACUUUUUGUUAAAAGCUUCUAAUAAUGGAGCAUUUAUCACGUGUUCCAGAAAAGGUGACUGGAGAGAAGCGACAACAGCAGAUCCAAAUGGCCUAGUUCCUGGCCACGCGUACACCGUUUCAGGUGUUGCCAAGAUUCUGUUAACCUCUGGAGACGAUGCUUUGUUGGUGAGAAUUAGGAAUCCUUGGGGAAACAGCAUUGAGUGGACGGGAAAAUGGAAUGACAAAGACAUCUCAUGGAAAAAAGUCGAUAAAGCCACUAAGGAUAAGUUAGAAUGGCGACAGAGAGGGGAUGGAGAGUUUUGGAUGUCAUACGAUGAUUUUUUGAAGGAAUUUGAAGAAGUCUCCAUUUGCACAUUAGGACCAGAUUUCGACGGAGAUGGAAUUGCAGACAAGCCUGGUCAAGUAAAGGCUAUCUUGGGCGAGUGGGAAGAAGGGAAGACAGCAGGAGGAUCCCGUAAUAACCUGUCUCAGUUUGUUUUGAAUCCCCAAUAUCUGCUAUGUAUUGAAAAAUCUAAUAACAGCCAAUCCGUUUUCUUCGGAUCGAACAAAAAAUGUAGUGUUGUGAUCAGUUUGAUGCAAAAAAAUCGUCGACCUAAAAUUUUUAGUGGGUCAAAAAUGUUACAAAUUGGUUUCGUUGUUUACCAGACCAAUGAUCCGUCGAAGAGGCUUCCUGUAGAACACUUCAUGAUGAACUACGACAUUGGAACUUCAGGCCCUUAUAUUAACUAUAGGGAAGUUUUCAAGCGUUUUGAGCUGCAUCAAGGAUACUACGUCAUCAUUCCGGCUACAUUUGAACCCAACUGUGCUAGUAAUUUUCUGAUUCGUGUCUAUGCUGAAGGACCAUUCCAGUUAAGUUAGUACAGAGAUGAGAAAUCAUGAAAAUAUACUAUUUAUAGGUGAUAGAUUGAGG